AUGGAGGUCAUCCAAGCCCUCCGCCAAGGGCCCCUGAGCGAUGUGCUCCAAGCUCUUUUACUCGCCCUGGUCGUGGGUCGUCUUGUAGUCCCCGAGCACCAAACUCCGCGUCUCAAGGGCACAUCGUCGCCCCUCUUCAACAUAAACUCAACCGUGGCAACCGGGUUUUUCAUCAUCGCUCUAGCUUCCCGGUUCUGGCUUGCUCUUGUGAACAAAUAUGUCCCUGAGCCGUACCUCCUAAGGGGCUUUUCUGAAUGCACUCCUUCGAGUCUCCGGUCUACCAACCUUUUCGCGGUUCUCAUCGCCCUGCUUGCAGCUCAAUGCCGCCACCUAAGUGAGGUUCGGGCAGCCGAGCGAGCGGGCAAGCCGCCGCCCACGAGUGCCUCGUUUGACUCAUACUUUACGGGCUUGAACGUCGCCUUCUUUCCGGUCCUUUUCUUCUUCUCGGCCUUAUACUACACGGACGUCGUGUCGACGAUGGUUGUGCUCGUUGCCUACCGCAACCAUCUACUCCGAUUGGCACCCCAACCUCCUACCCUCGGCAAUGACCUUUGGACAAUGUUCUUGGGUGUUUGGGCAUUGUUCAUGCGGCAAACCAAUGUCUUUUGGGUUGUCGUGUACAUGGGUGGCCUUGAAGCUGCGCAUGUUCUCAGAACGGUUGUACCUGGCUCGCAGCAAUACCUCACAAAGCUUCAUGAUCCACCCCUAACACAGUCCACUCCCGAAGUCCUUCGUCAGAUUUGGCCGCACAUCAGCAUCCUCGCGCUAUUCGCCGGCUUCGUGGCCUGGAAUGGGGGUGUAGUGCUCGACAAGUCCAACCACAUCGCCACCAUCCACCUGGCGCAAAUGCUCUACAUCUGGCCGCUAUUCGCCUUCUUCUCCGCCCCUCUCAUUGUUCCAUCAGCCCUGUCAGGCAUCGCGCGUCCGAUGCAGUACCUAAAAUCCCUCCUCUCAUUAACUUCAAAGCGAGCAGCGCUCAUCUCUCUCCCGUACACUCUUCUCACCAUCGUCCUUUCCCUCGCCAUUGUCAAGUACAACACCAUCAUCCACCCCUUCACCCUCGCCGACAACCGACACUACAUGUUCUACGUCUUCCGGUACACCAUCCGCCGCUCCAACGCCAUCCGCCUCUCCCUCGUCGCCGCCUACACCCUCUGCCGCUGGCUAGUAUGGGACCAGCUGGCCCAGCCCGGCCACGCCACACAACAACCAUCACCACAACCCCAAUCACAGCAGCAGCAACAACCACCCACCACCACCACCACCACCACCAAACCACCCGCCCACCAACCUACAACCGACGCCACACCCCUCCCCCCCGCAACAAGCACAACCCUCCUCUGGCUCCUCACCACCACCCUCUCCCUAAUCACCGCCCCCCUCGUCGAACCGCGCUACUUCAUCCUCCCCUGGAUCUUCUACCGCCUACUCAUCCCGCGCUCCACCACACCACCAACACACGGCGCCCCGGCGAUAACACGCCUAUCAGCGUGGCUGACCGGGCGCUGGGGGCCCGUCGCGGACGGACGGCUGGUGCUGGAGACGGUGUGGUUUGCGGUGAUGAAUGGGGUGACGAUAAAGCGCGAUGUUAUCCGCACCCCGUCCCGGCCCCGGCCCCAUCCUCAUCCAUCGCCAGCCUUAAAGACUCAGCCGGUCCAAGCUCAACCUGUCCCCACUCCUGACCCUCCGUACAACCCCCAGCUUGAAGAAUCUCUCCUCCCCAGCCGCCGUCCGCCCCCCGAUGUACAACUUCUCUGCCCCCAAUGCAUCCCUAAAUCCCUCGCUGCUGCUAUCACUUCCUCGCCUACGGCCGUGGCUAUCGUGGUGCCCAGGGGGUUGGGGUAUGGGAACGCCAGUGCUGUGAUGGUGGUUGUGGUGGUGGUGCCGAGGAGAGUGUAG